AUCUUUAAGUCAAUAUGUCCUACGGAGCAAAAGCAGCAGAGAGAUUAGCCAACAAAACCAUCUUAAUCACUGGAGCAUCCAGUGGUAUCGGUGAAGCCACCGCCAAGGAAUUGGCUGCGGCCGCCAAUGGACAAAUCAAACUUAUCUUGACCGCUAGAAGAGCAGACAAGUUAGCCCAAGUCACCCAAGACCUCAAGAGUGCUUAUCCAAACAUCAAGAUCCACACUCAACAACACGAUGUUUCCAAAACUGAAACCAUUGUUCCUUUUGUUGAAUCCAUUCCUGAAGAGUUCAAGGACAUUGAUUUCUUAAUUAACAAUGCCGGAAAAGCCCUUGGUAGGGAACCAGUGGGGGAAAUCUUGACUGAGGAUAUCUUGGGCAUGUUCGAAACUAAUGUGUUGGGAUUGAUUGCCUUGACCCAAGCAGUAUUGCCAAUUUUGAAGAAGAAGAACUCAGGUUCUAUUGUCAAUAUCGGGUCCAUUGCUGGCCGUGAUCCAUAUCCUGGUGGAGGAAUCUACUGUCCUUCCAAGGCUGCUGUCAAGUCUUUUUCGCAUGUGCUUAGAAAGGAAUUGAUUAGUACUAAGAUUAGAGUGUUGGAAGUUGAUCCAGGUGCAGUUGAGACUGAAUUUAGUUUAGUUAGAUUUAAGCAAGAUAAGGAUGCUGCCAAGGCAGUCUACAAGGGUGCUGAACCAUUAGUUGCAGAAGACAUUGCUGAAGUUAUCGUGUUUGGCUUGACUAGAAGAGAAAACACCGUCAUUGCUGAAACUUUGGUCUUCCCUACCAACCAAGCUUCUGCUACUCAUGUCUACAAAGCUCCUGAAUAGAUCUAUAGAUUGUAUAAACUCUAUGAAGUAUAACCUCUACUUAGUAUAAAUUGUAAAAUUCUAUAAACCCCACCCCCCACUUGAGUCCCCCCCACACACACUACAAAAAAAAAACAAAAAUCUAUACAUUGUAUUUCCCCACGGCAUUUUCCACGGAAACUCAAACUGAACCAACAACUACAUCAAUAAGCAAAUGUCCUACGGUAUUAAAGCAGCAGAAAGACUCGCAAACAAAUCAAUUCUCAUCACAGGUGCAUCAUCAGGCAUAGGCGCCGCCACGGCUCGCGAAUUCGCCCAUGCAUCGCGAGGCCAAAUCAGCUUGAUCUUAGGGGCCCGUCGACAGGAACGACUCCAACAACUUUCCCAGUCAUUAACCACGGAAUACCCUAAUAUCAAAGUCCACACUGCGUUUUUAGACGUCACUAUCAAAGAUAGCAUUCGUGAAUUCGUCAAUGGGAUUCCAGGUACUCCUGAUGUUCUUGUCAACAAUAGUGGGAAAGCCCUUGGUCGGGCAAACGUUGGUGAGAUUACCGAUGAAGAUAUUCGAGGUAUGAUGGAGACAAAUGUGGUCGGGUUGAUUAAUAUGACCCAGGAGAUCUUGCCCAAGAUGAAACAACGUAACACGGGAACUAUUUUCAAUGUCGGCAGUAUUGCAGGUUGGGAUGGGUAUGUUGGUGGUAGUGUUUAUUGUGCUCUGAAGGCCGCUGUGCGGUACUUUACUGACUCGUUGAGAAAGGAAUUAAUUGAUACGAAAGUUCGAGUUUUGGAAGUCAACCCUGGUGCUGUGUUGACCGAGUUUUCUUUGGUUAGAUGUAAAGGCGAUGAACAAGCCGCGGAUAAAGUUUAUGAGGGAACCGAACCAUUAACUGCAGAAGACAUUGCUGAGAUUAUUGUGUUUGGAAGCUCAAGAAGGGACAAUACGGUGAUUGCUGAGACUAUAGUGUAUCCCCAACAUCAAGCAUCGCCGGUGCACAUAUAUAGGAAAUGUUAAAAGCUCAAUUGUUCCAAGGUCUUGGAAAGCUUUGCAGCUCCAUCAAUAGCAGUGUUGUUGUCGAUUGAAACCUUUGGUCGAUUCAUUUCCAAUCCUGCUAAUAAAAUACAGGCUUUACAUAUUUUGUUUGACGAUAAAUAACCACAUUUUUCACAGAUAUUUCCGUCUUUAAACUCUUGCUUCUUAGGUAAGGAAACCGACCCAUCGGAGUUGAUCUCAGUUUCGGCAUUCAACUUCUUCUUGUUCUUGUACAGAACAGUAGUCUUUUUCUUUUUUGGAGCCAAACUUAGGUGUUCACCACUGUAGAUAAUAUCCAUAAUACAAGAAGGUCUGAUUGCCUCCAACGACUUCAACAACUCUCUCGCAGUACCUCUGAAUGCUUCAGGAGCAUACGAACAUUCGGUACUAAAGUAAUCCAACUUUUUGUAAUGGGCAUACAACACGAUUUCCUUUUGAUAAGUAUACUUGAACGGCUUGGAACGUUUGACAGGCGAUCCCACACUUUCAGUCAUGAUGCUGCAACUCUUUUCUAAUCUGGCAACAUCACCUCUAAGGAUAUUCAUCAACACGGUCUCGGCCAUAUCAUCGGCAUUAUGGCCUGUGACGACAUGGUUGAUGCCUAGUUUAGCAGCACCUCGAUCGAGAGCUUGACGACGCAAUACACCACAAUAAGUACAAGACGAACGUAUACCGGCACACGACACGAUUUCAUCCAUGGUCCAGUCGUAAAGAUCCUUGUAUGACACGAUUUCAAGGGGCAUCUGGUACUGUUUCUGGUUACGUUUGACCGUGGCAAGUGAGUCAUCACGAUAUCCUUUGAUACCUUCGUCGAUACUAAGCAAGACCAAGUUCAAGCCGUAGUUAUAUCUCUCAUUAAGAGUUUUGAGAAUAGAUGCUAGCACCGUGGAGUCUUUACCACCAGAAGCACCAAUAGCUACUGAAUCACCAGGGGAGAAUAGUUUGGCACUGGUUAUGGUGUUGUGAAUUUCGGUUUCAAAUACAUGGUAGAAGCAUUCCUUACAUAGUUUUUGUAAGUUCUUGGGACGUUUCAUGACAGCUUUACGGGAAUGACAUAGCUCACAGAGAGCAGAUACUUUGAUCGGUUUCUUUUCCAUGGUGGUGGUGGUGAUAGUGGCCAU